GUGGCGGCGGGAACAUCUGAACGCGAAGCGCAAGACUGUCGCUGACCUUGGUGCUGAAAGCCUUUCACCUCACUCUCAACCCACUUAACUGUCACUUUCCACAGAAAACAAAGGAUCAGGAGGAACCAUUUUUCUUUUUCCCCUUUUUAUAUGAUUUUACAUUCGUUUUUUGCAUUUGUUUUAUUUAAUCCGAUCUUUUUCGACUCCCUCGUGUUCAGCAUUUAUUCGUUUAUUCAAAUCUGAGAUGAUAUCGUAUGCCCUAAUCGCGUGCAGGGCGGUUUAUGAGUUUAUAAUUAUGAGCAGACAGGGCCAGACCACUUAUGACAUCUCUCUUGUGUAGGCCGAUUUAUUAUUAUUAUUAUUAUUAUUUAAAUCGCGCCGUUCGUGAAUUUUCCUCAUCCGUAUUACUGAUUCAUUGAUCCACUGGGUAUCGGUCCGGUAUGCUCUGUCAUCUCACACUGUGACAUGGUACUUUGACAUUAACGAAAAAAACGAGGGAUUAUCACAUUUGGACAUGGAUACUCCGAGGGAGCCUGGUUUUAAACCCAGCAAAGAGGGGCUGAGACAACUAGCGGGGAAGACUCUGGGGCACGUGUACAAGGUGAUAGAAAGGCGUCAAAAACCUGGAGAGAACAUUGAACUAACCGAGGAUGGACGACCUGCCCAGACCAAAGAGAAAAAGCCACCUUUGUGCGACUGCACGUGCUUUGGACUUCCGCGCCGAUACAUCAUCGCCAUGAUGAGCGGCCUCGGGUUCUGCAUCUCUUUCGGUAUUCGGUGCAACCUAGGCGUGGCCAUAGUGAGCAUGGUUAACAACAGCACCAUUAAUCUGAACGGAAAGAUCAUCAUCAAAGAGAAGGCAAAGUUCAACUGGGACCCGGAAAUAGUGGGAAUGAUUCAUGGAUCGUUUUUCUGGGGUUAUAUUGUGACGCAAAUUCCCGGAGGAUACAUUUCAUCUAGACUGGCGGCAAACAGGGUCUUUGGAGCAGCCAUCAUCCUCACAUCAAUACUGAAUAUGUUCAUCCCCUCAGCUGCACGUAUACAUUAUGGUUGCGUCCUGUUUGUCAGGGUAUUACAAGGGCUUGUAGAGGGUGUGACCUACCCAGCUUGCCAUGGGAUCUGGAGUAAGUGGGCCCCUCCACUGGAAAGAAGUCGCCUGGCCACAACCUCUUUCUGUGGUUCCUAUGCUGGAGCUGUCAUUGCCAUGCCCUUAGCUGGGAUCCUUGUGCAGUACACUGGCUGGUCAUCUGUUUUCUAUGUCUAUGGCUGUUUUGGGAUUGUAUGGUAUAUGUUCUGGAUCUUGGUGUCAUAUGAGAGCCCAGCUGAACACCCCACCAUCACAGAUGAAGAACGGCGCUACAUUGAAGAGAGUAUCGGAGAGAGCGCUAAGCUGCUAGGUCCUGCAGAAAAAUUCAAGACACCUUGGAAGAAAUUUUUCACAUCCAUGCCUGUCUAUGCAAUCAUUGUGGCCAACUUCUGCAGGAGUUGGACCUUCUACUUGCUGCUCAUCAGCCAGCCUGCAUACUUUGAGGAAGUGUUUGGCUUUGAGAUUAGCAAGGUUGGCAUGCUGUCAGCCCUGCCCCAUCUGGUGAUGACCAUUAUCGUGCCCAUUGGGGGACAGAUAGCUGAUUUCCUCCGUAGCAAAAACAUUCUGUCCACCACCACUGUUCGGAAGAUCAUGAACUGUGGAGGCUUUGGAAUGGAGGCCACUCUGUUGUUGGUUGUAGGUUUCUCCCACAGUAAAGGGAUGGCUAUUUCAUUCCUUGUGUUGGCUGUUGGCUUCAGUGGGUUUGCAAUAUCAGGAUUUAAUGUCAAUCAUUUAGACAUCGCUCCUCGUUAUGCCAGUAUCCUCAUGGGAAUCUCUAAUGGAGUUGGAACUUUGUCAGGAAUGGUGUGCCCUCUUAUUGUGGGUGCCAUGACCAAACACAAGACCCGGGAAGAGUGGCAGUAUGUGUUUCUUAUUGCUGCCCUGGUGCAUUAUGGUGGUGUAAUUUUCUACGGCAUCUUUGCCUCGGGAGAGCAGCAGCCGUGGGCGGAUCCGGAGCUUACCAGUGAGGAGAAGUGUGGUUUUGUUGACGAAGAUGAGCUGGCUGAGGAAACAGGGGACAUCACCCAGAGCUACGGCGCCCUGGGAGGUCCAGCCAAGACCUAUGGUGCCACCACACAGUUGAAUGGAGGAUGGGCAGAAGGAUGGGAUAAGCGAGAGGAGUAUGUACAGGAGGGUGUGGAGGAAGGGGGUUUUGGAAAUAGGAAGGGCAGGGAUUACUCCUAGACAUUGCAAAUACACAUUCUAAGGCACACAUACAUACAAAUUCAUACAGCACAGUAUAAAAAUGUAUGCCCACACUAUAGAUUUUGUAGUGUUUGUGAGUUCUAAAAAAAAAAAAUCAUAUAAAUAGACUAAAUCGUUGAAUGUUUGCACAAUUUUAAAUGAUAAAAUUCUACAUUCAAAUAUAAAUUUUAAUGAGAAAAACAUAAAUGAUAAAUUAUACAAAGCAGAUGUAACAUAUCAAAUUGGCAGACUGUAAAUGUUCUAUGUCUUAAAAAGAGUGACUUAAUUUCAAGUGCAAUCAUGUGUAAUAUUGUGAAACAGAGUUUUUCACCCAUUAUUCUGAGCCUUUGCAACAUUGUGAUGCCUGUUGAGUUAAUCAGGCAACUGGCUUUCAGACACAAGGCUCAUAUAAUGAACAUGUCUGAAGUCAUCCAUAAAGAGAAAUACUGCUGUAGAGAUUUAUAACCAAGUAACUGUUUUUCUGAUUGCACUGAAAGAGCUGUACUAUGUCAUUUAACAGCACAACAAAAUUAUAUUGUUUAUACCUCAUUAUGUGUUACACGUUCGUAGUAUAAUUAAUGUUUCUGGGAGGUAAAAGAGGACGUUGGUCUUUGACACUGGAGAGAAAAAGCACAGUUUUUUUUAGGUGAAAUAAAAGCAACAAAACUAUUUCUCAAGCUCAACAAGUCAAGAAGUUUCAAUCGCAUAUGUUUUUGAAAGGUGCUGUUCGGUGUGGUGUUUGCUGAGAUGUGCAAACAAAAAUUCUUAGGGGGUUGGGAAGGGUAUAAAAGGGGAAAUUACAGAUUAUUGGAAAUAUUUGGAAACAUUAUUGCAAGAGCUACACAAAGCAAAAGCACAGUGUGUCAAGGCCACCAGACUCUUCAAUUGUUUGUUUGUUUUUUUCUUCUGUCAAAUACUCACACCAUGCCAUCUUGACAUCUGUGAAUGUUACUUAUGCAUGGGUAAAAAGUGUUUUUGCUUUUAAAAAAGUAGUUGUUUUUCAUUUUUACCUGUCAAAGAUUUGACUAAACUGUUACUGAUGUGUCAAUUCCUUUGCACAAUUAACCAAAGUGUAGUGUGGUAUUUUAGCUCGGAUGGGGGAAAAGUAUCCAUUAAGAAGAUAUGGGAGACUUGAGGAAAGGGCUGAUAUAGUCCUAGUAGCAUGUAAUAACCAUACUUAAUGUACAAAGCAAUAAAUCCAUGGUAACAGUUCCUUAGUCACUUCAUUCAAAAACAUGUAAUACAUUGGUACAUUUAAUGGUAAUCAUUUUUGGUUUAUGUGUUUUU